AUGAUGAUGGACAUUUUAUCGCUCACUGCCGCGUUCAUCCCAUACCUCACCCUUGUCUCCCUCAGUCUUGUACCCUCUAAUUUGGCAGCAAACAUUCUCGCGUUCUUAGGCUGUAAAAUUGCCUUCGAGCCCCUCCCAGACUAUUAUCCUGCCCGUAGGCACGAGAAGCUAGAGAAGCGGUACCGUGUAGCGACGAAACUGGGAGCCGGCGUAUGGUCAAGUACGUGGCUCGUGAGUGAUACAGCUGCUUCAGAGGGCACUGAGAGAUUUUACGCAGUAAAGAUCCUCACGCUCGAUGCGACCAGCCAACAUCGCGCGAACGUGAUGCCCGAGGUUGAGGCUAUGAAGACUAUUCGAGACGUCGGACCGACGCAACACCUUCCUACCCUCAUUGAUGAUUUCGAGAUACCCCUUUCGCGAAAGCAUUCUCACCUCUGCCUCGUUACGGACGUGUACGGGCAGGACGUGGCCGCCUUCCGACGCAGCGCCCCAAGAAAAGCGCUGCCUGUCCACACGGUCAAAGUCAUCGUCAAGCAGGUUCUCCAGGCACUCGGACACUUGCAUAAAUUGGGUAUCAUUCACAGGGACAUAAGACCAGACAAUAUAUUCCUUCGUACUGAGAUGAGCCCAGAAGCUAUCGAUCACUGGCUGAAGACGCUUCCUGAGGAUCAGGACGACAAUUCCUACCCGCUGCCUCCGGAUUUCAAGUGGGACGAUCCUCUGGAAAGGGUGAAAAACAUGAGAAUCGCGCUAACAGGUCUUGGGCAACCCCAGUGCACAGGGAGAUUCGGUAAGCAGCCCGCAGAGCAAUUCAGGGCCUACUCUCAACGCGCGCCUGAGGUCGUUCUUGGCUCUGACUUCGGGACUAGCAUUGACAUCUGGGCGAUCGGCUGCAUAACCUUUGAGAUGCUUAUUGGCAGAUGGCUUUUCCAUCCCGAAGGUGGCGGCGGUGACUUUAGCCUGGAGGAUGACCACCUGGCGAAGAUGAUGGAACUCACCGGAGAGCACUUCAGCCCCACAAUGCUCCAGCGUGCAGAGCUCGCGAGUACAUACUUCGACUCGAACGGUGACCUCCUCAGGGUUCCUGAGUUGUAUUACGUGCUUCUCGAAGAUGUGCUAGCCACCUACAAGACUCUUCCCGAGGACGAGAUUGGGCUUGCAGCGAGCUUCAUUCGGGAUUGUAUUCGUCUUGAGCCUGCAGACCGCCUGUCUGCGUCGGCGCUGCUGAGCCAUCCUUGGCUGCGACUUGAUGUAAGCCCGUCACUUCCGCAUUGGGCCGAAUCCCUUCUGAGCACUUUUGCAUAAACACACCUUCCCUGUGGAAAGCCCAGUUCUAUCAGACUUGCUACUUCAGGAUUCAUAUUAUGUUACAGUUGCUCGCCAGUGUGCUCUGGACGUUGCAUGUUUUGCUGUAUUUUUGUAUAUUCUCGACUCUUUCUCCUGAUGUAUCACCGUCAUCUGUACACCCUCCAUUCGCAUCUUUCAGCAAUACAACAUGGCGAAGUCACUUUGUGCAGCUGUGCGUACUCUCAGU